UUUGUGCAAGUGUCCCAUAGUGUAUUUAAUACUCUUAUAAAAAAUUACAACAAAACCUACUCACUUGUAUUACUUAACUUACGCACAUUCAUUAGGUACCGUUUCAAUUACUCCACACCAGACUCCAAACCAUUAAACCCCAUUAUCCAAAGCAAACUGUUUUUAUAAUUGCUUACAAAAUGACUUCCACAUAGCUGUGUGUAAACAAUCAUUGUUAGGCACGAACCAUUUGUUAUAAAUACCUGACCUAGGCACCAUAAGCCUAGUUUAUUACGCUAUCUGGGUGCAACUGCAAGCCAUGAGUUUCAAAGACAAGGUGGUGAUUGUGACUGGAGCCAGCUCUGGUAUAGGAGCAGCUAUAGCCAUGAGUUUUGCUGAACAAGGAGCCAGUGUAGUCCUAGUUGGUAGGAACCAAGCCAAGCUCGACGGUGUCACCAGUAAAUGCAUCAAAAACGGCACCAAGCCUCUCGCCAUCAACGCUGAUGUGACCACUGAAGCAGAUGUUAAGAGGAUCAUUGACAAAACUGUUCAGACUUUCGGACAAAUUGACAUUCUUAUUAAUAAUGCUGGCAUAGCAAGCACAGUCUCUUUUGGCAGAGAAGAAACGAUGAAAGAGUUUGAUCGUAUAAUGGCAGUGAACUUCCGCGCCGUCGUACAUUUGACACAACUGGCCACACCCCACCUCAUAAAGACUAAAGGAAAUAUCGUCAACAUAUCCAGCGUAGCUUCCCUCCGGAACUUCGAUAAGGCGUGGAUCUACUGCUCAACUAAAGCUGCUCUAGACCACUUCUCAAGGUCUAUGGCAUCGGAGCUGGCCAAGAAAGGCGUAAGAGUGAAUACGGUUAAUCCUGGUCCAGUGAAAACCGAUAUAAUAGUGAACAUGGGCUUGACUGACACUGACUUCUAUUGGGACCUGAUGAAGGGAGCCACGGCUUUGAAUAGGAUCUCGGAUCCGAGCGAGAUAGCUGAUGUGGUUUUGUUUCUGGCGAGCGAGAAGGCGAAAGGGGUGACUGGGUCAACCUGGGUCACUGAUAAUGGAACUUUGGUCAAAUAAAAAUACGGAGUGAUGUUCACCAGUUACAUAAUAAUUAUUGUUAUACCAGAACUACCUACCUAUCUCUAGAGGGCGUUUUGUACAAGAUUGACUAUGACUAUGUUUAAUAGAAUUUUAAUCAGAAAGACUUAAGUUAGUAUAGGUUUAAAGUGAGGUGAUAAAAAUCUGGUCUUAAGUUAAAGUGGGCAAGGCAGAGCAUUUAUCGAAUAACAUUGUAAUGUAAUUGUUUCAGUCGGUAGUAGUGUGAAAAUUGAAUACUGCUAUAAUUUUAUUAACAUAAUUUGCUACUGUAAACAAGAGGGAUAAUCAAAUCAAUUAGGUAGGUACCUAUUUGGACUUAACUUGCUUUAUCAAGUGUACGUUUUUUUUUAAUUUACAGAUUAUUGCCUAUCUAAGUUCUGCAAUCGUUUUUAAUAAUGAAAAUCAGAAACACCUAAGAAUGUGCUUUCAUACUUUCAUUAAAAUUAUUAAUGCAACUAAUAUCGCAUGCAGUUAUUUUCAUACAGUUAAUCCUUUUCAACCAGCGGCCACUACACGGGUUCGUUAUCGACAUCGAUAAAAACGUUUACUGCGCGUUCCACCAAUCCCAGCGCGUUUUUCUACGUCGAUAACGAAUCCUUGUAGCGGCAGCAGUUCCAACCCUUCUUUCCAGACG